AUGACAAGACCCCCUGUCGACGAUGCAUAUUCAGACACGGAUUCUGAGUCUGAUGUCGCAAGUCACCUGAGUGCGCAAGCUGGUGUGAAGCGACUCGAGGCGACCGCAGCCUUGUGGUCGAAAUGGUCUCUCAUAUUUGCGUAUGGCGGUCUCUACAUGAUGGCAUAUGCUACUUCUCUCGAAGGGCAGGUGACCACCAACCUGACGGUGUUUGCCACAAGCUCGUUCAAAGCACAUGCACUCAUUUCGACAGUGUCGGUCAUUCAAGGAGUAGUGUUGUCAAUCGUCAAGCCACCAAUGGCAAAAGUGGCAGACGUAUGGGGACGAUUUGAGGCCUUCACAUUUAGCGUGUUCUUGUUUACACUUGGAUAUAUUCAACAAGCUGCGGCCAACAACGUCAAGACAUAUGCGGCCGCUCAGAUUUUCUACUCGGCAGGCGCCACCGGACUCCAGAUUCUUCAACAGAUCUUUAUCGCGGAUACGAGCGACUUGUUGAACAGGGCCAUCGUUUCGACGAUACCGGAUAUUCCGUAUCUCCUGAACGUAUGGAUUGGACCCCCAAUUGCGAAUUCGAUACUCAAAAAUUUGAGCUGGAGAUGGGGGUAUGGUAUCUGGGCCAUCAUACUUCCGGUGGCCUAUCUACCAUUGGCACUUGCUCUGUCAUUGAACCAAAGAAAAGCCUCGAAGAUGGGAAUAUUACCACCAUCACCUUUUGUUGGCAAGGACUGGUUGUACACUUUGAAGAGUCUCUGGUUCGAGAUGGACAUCUUCGGCCUGCUGCUUCUUCUCGUUGGUGUCGCUCUUCUCCUAAUUCCUCUUACUCUGGGUGCGAGUGCUCCUGGCGACUGGAGCAAUGGUAGCAUUAUCGCAAUGCUGGUUUGCGGUCUGGUCUGCCUUUGCGUCUUCCCACUUUGGGAGCGCAACCCACGUCUGGCACCAAGAGCCUUCUUCCCUCCCCAUCUCUUCCGCAGCACCACCGUCAUUGCUGGUGUGCUUAUUGCUUUCUUCUACUUCAUGGUGUACUACCUUUCUGUGCAACCCUACUUCUAUUCUUAUCUUCUGGUCGUCCAAGGCAAAUCUGUUUCGGCUGCCGGCCACAUCACACAAACAUUCACAUUCACAGCAACUGUCACCUCUAUCUGCACCAGUAUUGUCAUUAAGUACACCAAGCACUACAAGUACUUCGUCACCGUCGGUGCCAGCAUUUAUCUGCUUGGUGUUAUCAUGAUGCUCCGCUAUCGUACCGAGGGAGUAUCAGACUUUUACCUCAUCGGCUGCCAGGUCUUGGUCGGUAUCGGCGGCGGUAUGCUGCACGUACCUGCACAACUUGGUGUCCAAGCCUCGGUCGGCCAUGGAGAGGUUGGCGCAGUCACGGCCGCCUUCUUGACUAUCCUUGAGAUUGGCGGCGCUGUUGGUUCAGCGAUUUCGGGCGCUAUCUGGUCCUCCAAUGUUCCCGUCAAGCUCGCUCAAUAUCUGCCGGAAGAGACGCGCGACCAAGCCAAGGAGAUUUUCGGCAGCGUCAAGGUUGCUUCUACCGAAUACGCGAUGGGCACGCCCACUCGCAUUGCCAUCAACCGCGCCUACCAAGAGACCAUGACUAAGAUCCUCACCGUCGCAGUGAUGGUUUGCAUUCCUCUUAUCCCCUUGUCGCUGAUGAUGAAGAACUACAAGCUAGAUGAGAUGGACCAGCACGUCAAGGGUACGGUCAUCGGCAACACGAGCGAAGCUAGCGACCCUUCGGAAAGAGAGCCAUUUGCUGCGUCGUCGUCCGGUCAUCGUCGUUAUGAUAGUGAAGACGACAUCGACUACGACUAUGACCGCACAAUCAGAUCUGUUGCCAGCAACAAUGGACUAAGAACCUGGAAGUCGAACGCGAGCCUGCAUUUGGAUGAUGAUUGA